GCGUCGGGGCAGGAGAGCUCAGUUCGAGUUGAGAUCUCGCAGCGCACACACAGCUCCGCACAGCCAAGCCCAUCAAAAACAGAAUCACAAGUUAUCCAUCCAAGUGCUUAAUUGUCGCGAGAGAGCCAUUUACGCCUUCCAUCAAUACUACAUAAUCGACUGCGAAAUGUCAACGAUUAACCUGCAUCCACCGCAAACCUACGCGCGCCUUUUCCGACCCUGGGACAGUCAGCGCCAGGCGGCGGCGUCGGCGCCCGGGACAGUGAAGCAGGAGCCGGAGGGCAUUACCAUUAAGACGGAGCUGCCCAGCAGCAGUCUCGGCCAUGACUGCGACAGGGACUUCUCCUCCGCAUCCUCAUCCGCGUCAAGUAGCAGCAACAGCAGCAAGUCCUGCUACGAGGAUGCCCUGAACCACAGCAGCUACACCCGUACCUCCACCCCGCUGCUGGACGCCGCCCCGCACCCUGUCUUUUUGCACCCCCAGUCGCCCUUGGACACGCACUCCUCCUGCACCGCACCUUUGGCUACCCCGCCCCAGCACGCACCAUUUCUGUCGGCCGCCAGCGAUCUCUACUACGCUGCCGCCGCCGCAGCAGCCGCUGCCGCCUCCACGCCUACUGCCGUCCCGGGCUUCGGCAUGGACCCGUUCACUAUGGGCCUGAUGGAGCAGGAGUAUGCCCGCGUAAUGGCCGAGGACGCACAGUUGAAGGCGCUAAACAGCCGCAAGCAGCGGCCGAAGAAGUUCAAGUGCCCCAACUGCGACGUGGCCUUCUCAAACAACGGCCAGCUGAAAGGCCACAUUCGCAUCCACACCGGCGAACGUCCAUUUAAGUGCGACGUGAGCACAUGCGGCAAGACCUUCACCCGCAACGAGGAACUGACGCGCCACAAACGAAUCCACACCGGACUGCGGCCGUAUCCUUGCAGUGCCUGCGGAAAGAAGUUCGGCCGCCGCGACCACUUGAAGAAGCACAUGAAGACGCACAUGCCGAUGGAGCGCCAGCUGGGCCCGUCCAUCUUCGUGCCCAUGUACCCAUACCUUUAUGGCUACUGAGAGGGGAAUCCUGGCCAGCUUUCCCCUUAUCAUGCGAUCUGUUAAGCGCUUGCACGCUUUAAACAAGCUCUACCGAAUCCAACGAAACUCAAUGCCAGCCAAAACUGCAUAGCCAAUCGUAGACACAAAUACCUCAGCCGUACCUGGCGCAAUGUGGCGCACUCACCAAGCCCAAUCAAUGCUAGCUAUCUUUAGACCCCGACGAUAUAUGCAAAUAUUGAGAUAUUUAUUUUUUAACGCAUAUUUACACUUCCAGCUACGUGACUGGUUAUAAAAUUCGGCACAUGUGUAAAUAAAACCUAAGUGAUCCUUUCUCAUAUGCUAAGCGAUUAAGAAAUUUAAGAGAUACCCGAAUGUUCAUGUACACCUAAGUUACACAUAAGCUGAUCGGGUUUACCAGAAACAAACGAUUUAUACAUAAAAUUAUACGAUCAUAGUUUAAUUUGAGAGUUACAUUAUACGAUUUAUAUUUACAACACAAAA